AUGUGCGACAGAGCCGACGAUUCCCGCACAAGAGUGCAGGCCAUCAUGUGCGCUAUGCAUGAGGUGGGGGAGGGGGAUGCAGCGACGAAGACGCCGCCUCCCUUUUGUCUCUUUAGUCUUCUCCUUGGCUCCAGUGGCUUCCGUGGAGUUGCAACGGCGGGACCGACUGAGCGGCUCUGCGCCCUCCCACAGGCACAGACACUUGGAACUUCUCCUUCAUCGCGCCUUCCCCCUUCUCUUGUCCCAUUUUCCUGCCCUUUGGUGCCCUGCUCGCUUCGCCUGCGCUUGUGCGUGUGCCUGCGGCGUCAUACCCCUGUGCCCUUCGACCCGUUGUUACCCUCACGCACAUGCGCUCUCCCCCCGCGCGCACCACCCCCUCCCGCCCUUCACAGGACGAAAACUUGCCUAGCGUACCUCUGCUGCGGGUUGUCGUUGUCCAAUAGCGUCCCCCACCCCUUCUUUUUCGCCCUAUCCCAGCUCGACCACCCCAACGCGUCCAUGAGACGGCUGGCACCACUCCUUACCACCGCCCCAUCCCUCUCCUCCGUCGUCCUCAAUGUGUCCAGCGCGUACGGAGGCGCACGCGCGGUGUCGCCGUGCCGCACCAUGACGACGAUGGCCGUCUGCGAGGCGUCGUCGGACGCACUGACCACCUUCACCUCCUUCGAAGUGGAGAGUGAGCUGUCACUUGCACAAGACGACCUGGAGCAGCUGCAGCUCGACCUGCAGAGUGUUCGCGCAUCAUCGAACGCCUCGGCCUCUGCGAGGACACGGCACGCGUCAACGCCCUCACCGUCAAGGCUGGCUGCGUCCUCGUCGGUCUCUUUAACACCACCGCCGAUGAAAAUUUCAGUGGCAUCAACGCCAUCGUUAAGGUGCCCUCCGCUGCCUCUUGGACGCCCUCAGCCUGUCGUGCUGCCAGCUCUUCUCCAGCGUCCGCGGUGGCGCAACGUGGUCCAUGAGCGCUACAGAGCGAGUGUGCCCGGGUACGUCGAUGCCUGCGCCCAAGUGCUUGGAAAUGUCCGCAACAUGUGGGAGGUAUGCGCGGCGAACCGCCGUCGCCGCGAGGAGGCUAGCGACAGCUGCUUCGCCGAGCACGUCAGCACUCUGCUUCGUCAUGCACACGCCGACGCGCUUCUGGUGCUCUUGGAAGGGGUGGCCGGCGCCCACCACGGCGGCGACGUGUUUGCCGACGGUGCUGCACUUUUCCGCUGCGAGCUCAUCCUGCACUUGGUUCGAAGCCUGGCCCGGCGGCCCGUGGAGCUGAGUGGAAAGCACAUGGCUCACUUGAGCAAGCUUCUGCUGAGCUGCCCUCAGCUGCUGACUGCCGCCCCUCCUUCGCAAAACUACCUUGCGCAGGCGCUUGUUGCGGAGGUGCAGGAGGAAGUAUGGAGCUCCUUCACGUGCUUGUGCUAUGCAACGCGUCGGAGUCUGCGCAGGCGACAAAACGUCGACUGCCUCGAGGCGCUGCUGUGCGGCGUGUACAUGCGCGCUCAUCACGAACCCGCAACCUUACAGAGUAGCGGCAGGGACAGUCGCACCUCACGCCUUGUCUCUGCGAUGCUGCGGAGCUGCGUGGAUGCAAGGGACGGCGGGUGGCAGCGCCGAUACGCUGGACAUCCUCUCCCGCCUCACCUCCUGGCAAGGGUACGGCAGGCAGCGUUAUGCCACCUCGUGCAUCGCUGCUUGCUCAGCGGUGCUGUGGCGAAAGUCGGUGCUGCCGAGAAGGCGAAUGAGGAAAAUGCACGCCUUCUCCUCUCCUGGGCACUUCUGCUGGCUCGCGAGGACAUGGACCCUGUCGUGCACGCCGCCGUCGUCUAUAGACUAAGCAGGGGCCCCGGGCUGGCAGAAGGCGGCUCACCCGCUGGCGCUUCACCAGCUUGUGUCGAGUCGUGGAGGCGGCUGGCCCUUCUUGUCGAAGCCGUGCGACGCCCCUCCAGGCUCGGCGAGCAGCGCGCCACUGCGCCGGCUAACGGUGCCGAGGCCUUUCAGGGUGUCGACCAGGCUUGCAAGGACACAAGGGGGUGGGCGGUGUUGUCCGUGGACCGUCGCCAGCUGGGAGCGCUGUGUGCGCAGACGCACGCGCCGCUGUCGCUAUGGAGCGCAACGGGCCCCGUGGUAUCACGGGGAGUAGAAGCAGCGCGGGCACGCACGAGGGACGCGGCGGUGCAACGUGUGUCAGACGGCGCAGCCGCCGCACUGCGCGCGUAUGUUCGCCUCCGGUGGGAACCGCUUAGCAUCAGUGAGGCAGAGCAGCUUUUGCCUGAUGAUGCAGCGUUAGCGGUGAGCGUGGCACUCACGGAAGGAGCUCGGAGGGAAGCCCCCACGUCCAUUACGGAGCGCAUGAUUGCUGAGGAAUGCGAGGACGUCAUAGAGAGUGCCGCAGAUAUGCCACCGCACGCGGUGUGCCUCGCCGAGGUCCUCUGUGUGCGCCUCCUCCGUAGCAUGCAGCGCUGGAAGGGCACAUCGCUCGGCGGCGUCAUUGCGCCUCCUGCCUCGAGCGGCACCGCGCAAGCGUCUCCAGCGGUCCUGCCCGCUUCGCAACAGCGCCGCGUUCUCGCAGCGCUGUGGAAAUUGUCAGCCUACGCGCGCGCCGAGGUGGUCACUGCCGCACUGCUUGAGCUGCAGGGCGAAGCUGGCACCACCGCGGCAGCUGGCAAAAGCGGCAAUGUUCAUUCGGACCCUUCUUGCACGGCACCGUCCAGUGCGCUGAUGGGGCCGUCUAUGCCCCCGCGCGCUUGUUGGCCACUCAUCGGCGCCGUAUGCCGGCACGCAGAGGAUGUGGUGCAUGUGACGCGCGAGUUGAUGAGCCAUCGUGAGAUGAUGGCGGCUCCCCUCUCGCUCGCAAGCCUGCAGCGGCUACGCGAGUGGUUGGUGGGUCUCCCAGGCUCGCUGCACUCCGCUCACCUGGUGAAGGUGCUCCGUGAGUGGGCAGAGAUCGAGAAGAGCAAACUGAGUGGCGCUUCAUCGCGUGCCCAGGAAUGCCUCACGGCUUGGGACGACGUGGUGCGGACGGCGUUGGAACAACACGCCGCACACGCACUGUUGGCUGCGUUAGACGGACAGUGUGCUGCCGCUGCCGUGACAACUGGGCCAUGCUGCUCCCCUUGCGGCGAGGAGCUGCGCAGUACCUAUGCCGUAAUGACGGGACCUGCCUCCGCGCAGUUGCGACGAAUCCAGUGGAUCGCAGAGGCCAACAGCAGCGCAGUGCGAGAAUGGCGGUGGAGCAUGGGUGUUGCGUCUCCGCUCAUCGGACGGACAACAGUGGGCCGAUCUGCAAGCUUGCUGCACCCCGCCUCAGCGCUUCCUGCUGCAGUGCUCGCGGUCGAAGCGACGGAGUUAGACCUCACUGACACAGAACACGAUGCAGCGGUACGGCUGCUGUGUCAGCGCUGCUUCUCCGACCUUUCCGGCUCCAACACGUUCUCUUGGAGUGAUCGACUCGCCUGCCGAGCUCUGGAGCGGGCUCAGGCGACGUCAACACCCACCACGCAGCUGGGGGUGAGGAUCGACGAGGAUCUGGCCGCUGACCAUUCUUCCGCCGCCGACGGCGAUGCCGAUGCGCCAUCAUGCCCAUCAAAGCAGUGCAAAGGCACCAUCGUCUCUGCUGCUGCCCUGCACUACCUCCUGACAAGGGGGAACCCGACCACGUCAUCAGCCACAGCAACGGCACCGAUGUUUAGCACCGCAGAGCUGGGCGAUGCCCUUCACACACUUUCAGUGUACGUCGAAUUCCUUGUAAAGACGCGGCGCAGUGGUGUCUACGAUGAUCCGUGCAGCGAGCGGGCGAUCAAUCGUCGACUGCGGUGCGCCGCGGCCGCUUAUGUAAACUGCCUGAGCGACGCCUGGCGCGUUACCCUGCGGACUAUAGCGCCACCAACAUCUGCAGUGCCGCUCCACGUCGCCGAUGAGGAAGUGCUUCUCAUGUGUUUUCCUGCAUUCUAUCACUGCGCGCUACGACUGUACGAUAGACUGCUGUCGGACAAGGCGGUGCUCGACAAGGGCAGCGACGAAGUCUUAAUGAGUCUUCCCUGCCUCUCUGGUGCCCUUCAUGAGGCCGCGUUUCGUGCCCUAGUGCGUACAUCAGGAACAAGGAGGCGCAAUAUCGAGACAACUCUGUUGCUUGCCGAUCGUGUUGCGCGCCAAUGGGCCGCUCUGGGAAUGGUGUCCUCCUCCUCGAGCGUCGCCCACGCAGCCGUGGCGUCGGCCCCUUCGCUGACAGAUGACCAGCCAGCGUUCUGCGUGCCACUCUCAGUCUAUCAGCUUGUACUUGCCACGUACGCAGCGGAUCGAACACCACUGCCGCAGCGCGUGCGAGCGUGCUGCGAGGCGGCGCUCCGUCGCGAGGAAAAACGGCAAUGGGUGGGGCCCUCGUAG